AGCAAGGUGAACAUUUUGACUGCUGCCUCAUAUCUAGGAUCCAUUAUUGAAGAAUGUCUUUUGAUGGGCACAUUUCACGCAUAGGGUGUGAGGCUUAUUUCUCCUCUUACUAAUACUCCUUGUUCUCUUUCCAUGUGUGUUUCAUCAUCUUAACAAUAUAUGGAGUAUCUAUUAGCAGACCUGGCAUUGCAUGUGACUAUGCAUACAUUAACAUCAUUGAUAGUACAGAAAGAAAGAGAUUAGGCAAAUUACCAUUUUUGAUCCUACACUACCAUACAUAUGUAUUAAAUUUCAAUAUGUUUCACAAUGCAAACACAUCAUGAGCACCUUUUAGGACAGACUUAUAAAUGAUCAUUUUGUGUAUAAAAUAAAGACCAUCAUUCCAUUGUAAACUUUCACGCACCUUUUGUUCUUUGUAAUUCAGUUUUAAAGAUCAUAAGGGGGAGUAAAGAAAGGGUAAAUGAUUGCGUGAGACAACAUCGGUGUAAAAAAAUGACCAUCCACUUUAAAUGUGAGUAGAGAAAAAAAUAGGAAAAGAGUGCAAUCACGUACCUUGUAUUGUAUAUAGAAACAUGGGUGUUUUGAAACUCAGUGGUGAAUCAGAGUUGAUUUCAGGGGCAGAGAUCUUGCACAAAUGACUACUACUGUUGGAUUUAUAAUAUGAUCGUGUUCCUGUAUGGCUCAAAGAGGAAUGUAGGGAUAGGAAUAGAACAAUGAUUUAAAUUUACCGGGUCUGUUAUUAAUGUUCAUAGGGAGGUUCAUAAAAAAACCAGGAGUAUCAUCACCACAAAAGCGGAUCCAUGUAGUAGUGAUUACCCAUUUCUCUUCAAUGGUAAAUGGUAUUGAGUUUGUUAGUUCAGGAAAUUAGGUUAUACUAUGAGCUUUUUCAUUCUUUUUUUGUAGCCUUGGCCAAGAUGAAAGAACAAAUACUUAAAACUUUUAACCCGCAGCUAGGUCGUAAGCCAAAUGCAAAGUGUAGAAUACACCCGGGGCUCCAACUCAACCCUAUGACCCAAAAGGCAUUAGCAAAUGCAAAGCAUACACUAUGAAAAAGAAAUAUCAAUAAUCAUUGUCCAAAACCAUGCUUUGACCUGACCAGACAUCAAGAGCCAAAAAAACCAUGUGAACCAAGUCUUGAUGGGCAGCAAGCAAAGCAUUACCUGCUCAGACACUAACAGUUCAAAAAACCAUGUCAACCAAGUGAAGAUGAGAACUUUUACAACGAAAUAAAACAUCAUUUCAAUUCAACCAAGUGCAGAUGAGACCGACAACCCCACUAUUUGCUGAUACGGGAGCAAGCUGUUGUGUGUCUGGAAACUUGGGGUAUUUCACUCAAGAUUUGUUGGCAAAAUUGGUAAAGUUGAAGAAGAUUGAGCUCUAAAUGCACCAAAGCUACUAAGUUUUCUAGUCCCCACCCUUUAAGUGGAUAAAGCAAGAUGACCCUUCAUUUAUGCUUCUUUGUGUAAAACAUAGGUAAGUAUGAGCUUGUUCUUUAUUUUCAGUCAACUACGAAAAAGCUUCUUCAUAUCUAACUCAAGAAGGAAAUAGAACCUUAAUACACAAAUAGGCAUCAACCUGAUAGCGGUCUUAGAAACAGCUAUAAGAGAACACAAAAAAUAAUGUGCAGCAUUACAGAGAAACGAAAGCAAGAAGCCAUGUCUAAUAUCACACCUUUAGAUAUAAAGUAAGCAAAAAUGUCUCUAUUGUCUCUCUACCGAUGAAGCAUAAAGGACAAUACUUGAGAGAUGGGGCUUUAACCACAUAUAAAUAUAGAAAUGCCCAAAUUUAAAAAAAGGUACCCCAGCCUUAAAUCUUAUACAAAGCAACAGAGACAAAAUCUAGCCCCAUUAAGAAUAGGGUAUAAUGAGUGUCAUGCAUUGUGCAUUAUUAACAUGAAUUUAUAUCAUUCAUUUCUUACAGUAUGUAUACCCAGAUUAAUUCAUGCAAGGAGAUUAAUGUGUUACUUCAGUAAACAAAUACGGAGUACAUAGAUUAGUAUGUUUUUUUCUGUGGUGAAUACAUUGUCAAAGGCUGUUGUGCAUAUAUGUAGUGUGUGAUGUGUAAUAAGGUAGGUUUUGUUUUGUUUUACAUUAGAAAAACUAAAUGUUAAGGAUUAUUAAGAAUGGCAGCAACCUAAACUCAUUUUGAGCAGCUCUGUUUUAUAGGGGCCUGUUUUAUAGGGGCCUGAUAUCAUUUAGAAGAGACGUAUAAAUUAUGCGCAUUAUUAUACUCCGUACUAAAUUGGCUGCACACAAGUUUUGAAAAUAAAUUUGUAGAUGAUCAUGGAGUUCUUUCAAAUAUGUCACAGUUUUUUUUAAAGUUAAAGCAUUUCAUAUCAAUUUUCUUACAAAUUCAGCAUCUAAAACUCAAAAAACAGAUCCUAUUUUCUACAGAGUUGUGAAGAAUUAAUCAGCAUAGGUCAGAUUUUAUCACAUUUUUUUUAAAAUGUGGAGGCCCAAAAGACCAAGAACCAAUAUCAAAUUUUAACAACAAUUUAUGAAAUGCUAAUCAGAUGAAACUUUAAAAGGGGACAUUUACCUAGACCUUUAAAAUGUGUAGACCCACAAGACCAAGAAGGACUCCGUAAUAUGAUUUAUCAAAUUUAAUACGAUAAAAUUCUUGAUUUUAAAAUUAUUUAGUGUUGGAUACUCUGAUCUAUCAUUCUGGAAAUCAAAAUAUCAAAAAUACGAAAUCUUUAUUUGAAGGGAAAAAAAAUUAAUAAAAAAAGUAAUACCUUAAUACCUUGAGACCUGAGUCUUCUUCUCUGCGCCAUGUUCGAAUAAACAUUCGGCCAACGUUGUUCACGCCCUCAGUCGUUGUCUUCAACUGGGCCUAGGGUUUAGGGCCCUAGUCUGGUGACGGUCGUUCCGAUGUCCAUCCAUUCAAUCGGUCACGAUCAUCAGUCAUCACUGUUCGGGUGUUCGUGGAAGACGUGGAUGAGGGGAGGAAAGACUGAAAAUAUGAUGAGAACUUGUCAUUGGGGGUGGAUGCGUAUCCCCAAAUCAAACUGUGUCGUCGCCGGAUUGCAUGAGUCUCUCACCGAGACAUGGGUCACCAUUGCCGGACUUGCAUGAGCCUCUUGCCGAGAUAUGGGUCGCCAUCGCCGGACGUCUUAUGCGAGAUAGCGCGUGUCCCCGAUAUGCUUUCUAGUUUUCGGAU